UAACUCUGGAAAAUAAAUCAAAAAGUCCUAGUCACAGAUAACGAAGAGAUGACUUGUCAUUUCUUAAUUUUUCUUCUGUCGUUUGUCUUUGAGCUGAUAUAUAAUCCAAUUAAAAGUCAAAUCAUGGUCACGAAAUUUGUAGAUAAAGACUAUUAUACUGUACGAAUAAAUAUUAAAGAAAUAAACGAGAAUUAGAAGAAGACAAUAUUAGACCGCAUGUGAAGUUCUCUGAAAAGUUUGUGAUCUUUGUAAAUAAAUAAAUAUAAAUAAAACUAUAAACUUUUUUAGGUAUAAAGUGUUAUCAUGGGUGGCCAAAAAAUUGGGUGCUGAUAUAUAUAGCUGGAAUGUCAACAUUAAUUAGUAACCGAUUUUACGGUUCUUCGUUAGAGCCAUGUACGUGGAAAACACCAUAACCAUUCAUCCCACAACCUUAUUCUACAUUUAAUGUUCUAUUUGCAUUUUCUUUCCUUUACUGUUUUAUAGUCAUGUAAAAAGGAAAAGAAGAAUAAAACUCUAAUGCAUGUUUCAACCAGUUGUUAUAUUAAAUGACUAUGUCGGAGUUAUCUAUGGAUUCUUAGAGAUUGAGUGGCUUUAAAUGAUUGGGAUUGUUAUUUUAAUGAACUUGGACUUUUAUGAACACAAUUAUUUGACUGGGUAUGAAACAUUUGGAAAAAGACCACUUUAUUGUGUUAGCCGUUCACCGAACGUGUUUACUAUUGGCUCAUAGUAUGUUAAGUAUUUAUGCAGUUUCUGUCAUUUUGUUGUUAUUUUAGUUUAUAGUUCACACUCACAUGAUAUAUUAAUAUUGGUUUUGUUUAAGCAGAUUUUUGAAUGCCGGCAUUUUUGGUAAUGGUACAGAGGCUUCUCAUACAUUACCUUAUUCAUCUACAAGGGCAGCUAUGUUGGUUAGGGUUAACACUUUGCUUCAAGGAUAUUCAGGCAUUAGAUUCGAAAUUAUGGAAGCUAUAACCAAGUUUUUAAAUCACAACAUAACUCCAUGUCUUCCACUACGUGGUACAAUCACUGCAUCAGGUGACUUGGUUCCUUUAUCCUAUGUUGCCGGUCUUUUAAUUGGAAGAUCAAACUCCAAGUCAAUUGGACCCAAUGGAGAAGUACUCAAUGCUAAAGAUGCCUUUAAAUUAGCUGGAAUUGAUGGAGGUUUCUUUGAGUUGCAACCUAAAGAGGGUUUGGCACUUGUCAAUGGUACAGCAGUGGGAUCUGGCUUGGCUUCCAUGGUUCUUUUUGAGGCAAACUUACUUGUUGUUCUUUCUGAAGUUAUGUCUGCAAUCUUUGCUGAAGUUAUGCAAGGAAAACCAGAAUUCACAGACCACUUGACUCAUAAAUUGAAGCACCACCCUGGUCAAAUCGAGGCUGCUGCUAUAAUGGAACACAUACUAGAUGGAAGCUCGUACAUUAAGGAAGCCCAAAAGUUACAUGAGAUUGAUCCACUUCAAAAGCCAAAACAAGAUAGGUAUGCUCUCAGAACGUCUCCUCAAUGGCUUGGACCACAAAUUGAAGUAAUCAGACAUGCGACUAAGAUGAUUGAAAGGGAGAUAAACUCUGUUAAUGAUAACCCCUUGAUCGAUGUUUCAAGGAACAAGGCACUUCAUGGGGGCAAUUUCCAAGGUACUCCAAUUGGUGUUUCAAUGGAUAACACCCGUUUGGCCAUUGCAUCGAUCGGGAAGCUCAUGUUUGCCCAAUUCUCUGAACUUGUGAAUGACUUGUACAAUAAUGGUUUACCUUCAAAUCUAACAGCCGGUCGCAAUCCAAGCUUAGAUUAUGGAUUCAAAGGUGCUGAAAUAGCAAUGGCAUCGUACUGUUCAGAACUUCAGUAUCUGGCCAACCCUGUGACUAAUCAUGUGCAGAGUGCUGAGCAACAUAACCAAGAUGUCAAUUCCUUAGGCUUGGUUUCCUCAAGAAAGACUGCUGAAGCUGUAGAAAUAUUAAAGCUCAUGUCUUCCACUUACUUAGUUGCAUUGUGUCAAGCCAUUGACUUGAGACAUUUGGAAGAAAACAUGAAGAACGCAGUUAAGAAUGCUGUGAGUCAAGUGGCCAAAAGAGUUCUCACAACUGGGAUCAAUGGUGAGUUACAUCCUUCUAGAUUCUGUGAGAAGGACUUGCUUAAAGUUGUUGAUCAUGAAUAUGUCUUUGCUUACAUUGAUGACCCCUGUAGUAUAACCUACCCUUUGAUGCAAAAGUUGAGAUCAGUUCUGGUUGAUCAUGCAUUGCAAAACGGUGAGAAAGAGGGAAAUUCAAGUAGCUCGAUUUUCCAUAAGAUAAGAGGCUUUGAGGAAGAACUGAUAGCCCUUUUGCCGAAGGAGGUAGAAAAUGCAAGGAUUGAAGCUGAGAAUGGAAAUUCAAGUAUUCCUAACAGAAUUAAAGAAUGCAGAUCUUACCCAUUAUAUAAGUUUGUGAGAGAAAGCUUGGGUACAAGUUUGCUAACAGGGGAGAAGGUGAAGUCACCUGGUGAGGAAUGUGACAAGGUUUUUACUGCAUUAUGUGAAGGAAAGUUUAUUGAUCCUAUGCUCGAUUGUCUAAAGAACUGGAAUGGUUCUCCUCUACCAAUAUGCUAAGAUUCCUCUACCCACUUAUAAAUAUACAAACUUUCAUUUUUCAUUCACUGUAAUCUAUCUUAUUGUAAUCAUAGUAAAUGUAAUAUAUUUCAAACUCUCAUCACAAAAA